UAAAUGACAUUACAUAUCAAUAAAUCGCAUUUUAUUUCGUGAUACACUCCGAUAUGAACGAGAUUUAAAUUUAGUAAGACCUGUUUAGUAAUAUUAGAGCAUUUAAAUUUAAAUCUAGUAUUUCUAGUGACUCUAUCAUGACGAGGCGCGACAACGGUGCAUUAACGAACGCACUGGAAACCGAAGGGCGGGUUGGCAGAUGUCGCCAACGGUUUUGAUUUAAAUCAAAUGGAAAGUCGUUACUUUCGUGCCGGCAGAAAAAUUCCUAUUCGUCUCGAUGUGCCAUCCCGCCAAGUAACAGUCGGGAAUAAACGGCGCUCGAUGCAUGAGUCGAACUCAUAUAAGGUGUGAAUAGUUGUGUUUCGUAUCACGCGGGUAUUAAAGCGUUCUGUCCGUGAUAUCAUGUAAUGUCGCGUGGGUUCGGAUAUUUCGUCCGGAUAGAAGAUUGAAUCGAUACGCGCAUCUCUUGCCGCGUUGAAGUAAAUUUUAACGUAAUAGAGGUAACCUUUUUGGCUGGUACACGAUACAUCAUGAAUGCCCGAUCGAAGGACGAGAUCCGGGAUAAAAUUUUCAAGGAUCUGCAGUUGAUCCAUAAUCGUCGCGUGGAACUAUCGAACCGUCUCAAAGAGAGUCUCGAGGAAAAUUUGCUCUACGUGCAUGAAUUAUUUACGCAAUUGUCACAACCGUCAUCCGGCCCGCUGAUCCCGAAGACGCCAAAGAUAUUGCGAAAGAAAGCGCCUCAGCCUCGUAUCGAGACCAUACUAGAAGAUGAAGUGUUGCAGCAGGAAACCAUUUCGCCAAAGAGUUCUCCUCAAUCUGUCAAGGAAGAGGAGCGAAAGGAGAGCGAGGUAGUAGGUACUAGACUCAAGAGAAGAGCAUCCAAGAAAGCAGCGGAUAACAUCAAGAAACAAAGUAUCAUCCUUCAAGUUGAUUCUGCAAAGAAAGUAAAGAGAGACAGUCAGGUUAAAAGGAAAAAGUCAGCAAGCAGUUCUGAUGAGGAGAAUAGUGUUUCUAAGUAUAGUAAAAUAGAAAAUCAAACAGAAGCAAAAGAUUCAACAAGAAGAUUGACAAAAAAGAAGUCUAAACAGAUGGAUCAAGUUAUUAUACCUGUUAUAAAGACUGAGGAGAUUGAAAAGGAAGAUGAUAACUUGAAAGUACCAAUUCGACAACGUUCUAGUAGAUCAAACUCUAAAGAUUCUCAGAAUAGAGAAGAAGAUAAAGUAGAUGAUACAAUUGUAGCACCUAAUGCAGAUGAUGCUGAAGAACCAUCUAUGUAUGAAGAUGCAAUCGGAAGGCCUAUUCCAAUUAUGAAUUCAACCUUAAAGCACAGUCUCCAUACACCUGGAACUGCAUUAAAUGCUACUGUGGUAUUAGAACGUUUACCACAACAGUCAAAAUUAAACGAGACAGUGGUAAUUCAAAAAGCAAUAAACAUGAGCAAUAGUAAAAAAUCUAAAGAGAAGCAAAGCGUUCAAAAAGAACUACAAGACAAUACGCAGGUGUCCCAAGCACCUGUGCAAUAUAGCAAUUAUAAUGGAUUAAUUACAGAAGAUGAAUCGUCACCCGAAGUGAAGAAACCGAAGAAGCUUGAGAAGAAACAGAACAAUAAGAAGCAAGUGAAAAACACUUUGUUAACUUCUAGCGACGAUGAAAUUCCUAAUACGCCGGUGAAAACGCGCCUUAGAGAUGCAAUUGCGCCCGCGAUUGCACAAGAAAGUAAAUCCACAUACAAAUCGAAUGCAUUAUUUAGCCCUUAUGCUAAGGAAUCUGUAAAGAAGCGGGUUGAAGCAUUUGAACAAGCGGUGAUGUAUAGCCCGAAACCAGUCGAUGUAGACGUUCCAACUAGAAUGACUAGAACAAAAACUCGUGCAAUGGCCACUAAAGAAACCGAGACGGACAAAAACACAGAGAAAAGUGUCGCGCAGAUAUUAGCUCGUAAAUCGCUCGCGAAAGCUAAAAAAAUCUCAUUGGCAAAAGAAAAGAAAGACAAUGAUGAUUUUAAAGAGAACAAGGAACAAUUACAGUUGCCAAAACGAAUUAAUCAAUUAUUUAUGAGUCAACCUGAUAAAUUAAAUACAAAACAAACGCAGUUAAAAACAACACCUUUAAGCAAGAUGAAAUUGAUGCAACCUUCAGUAUCUGUAAACCGUCUUCACACUCCCAUAAAUACGCAAAAUCUAUCAAAUUAUACAAAAGCUUUAACUGCCUCGCGUACAAAUAUCGUUACUGGCGUAGAGUCUUUCAUUCAACCGCCAAAAAGUAUCACUAAAACCAAUUCAGUAGAGAAAUUGGAAGAAAAGAAGCGACACGAGGAGGACGCGAGAAAGAAGAGAGAAGAAACAUUGAGAUUACAAACGGAGGAGAAGAGAAGAAAGCGACAAGAGAAGGAACUCAAGAACAAACUAGCGAGAGAAGCUAAAGAGAAGCAAGAAUUAGAGAAACGACAAAAAACCGAGAAAGAAAGAGAAGAGAGGGCGAAAUUAGCCCUUUUGAUGCAGGAAAAGCAACGCGAGGAGAUGGAAAAGAAACGUCUCCUCUUGCAGCAACGAGUGCAGGAGAAGGAAGAACGUCGCAAAUUAGAGGAACAACAGAGAUUGCAAAGAUUGCAGGAGCAAGAGGAGACAGAACGAUUGCUUGCCGAACAAAAACGACGAGAGCAAGAAGCUGAGAAGCGUAGGGAAGCAGAAGCGAGAGCCCAACAAGCUGCUGAGGUGUUGAAGCAAAAAAAUCAAAUACUCGCGGCUCAAGCUAAAGUGAGUUAUCUUUUACGUCAAAGAAACUGUUCGUACUUUAUUUACACUUCUAUAAUUAAAUUGUUUCUCGAUCUUUUGCAGUGUAAGCAACAAGCUCAUAAGCAUCAAGAUAAUACAAAUUAUGUAAUAGAUAGUGAACCUAAUGAUGACGAAUCAGAUGAUGAAAGCAGACCGAAGCAUAAAAUACCACUGUGGGCAUUGUCAGAUAUCCGCAAAUCACAACUUGCGAUGCAAAUACACAUUCCUCAGGGAAUAAUAUACGAGUUCUUCGAUACCCGUAAGUGCACGCCAGAUUUGACUGAAUUGUUCCAAAAUAUAGACAGAAGUCGAUUGAAGCGUACAUCCAGUGCAAUCUGGAAAACACCUCCGCGUAUUUCCAUGAUGGAAACCGAGUUUGUUCAACCAAAAAUAAUAUGAAUUUAAUAUCAUAUAAUGAUUUAAGUGCAGACAACUUUGAACAGAGAUCUUUACUAUUACAUAUACGCAUGCUAUUGUGGGCGAUAUGUCAUGAUAAUAUUUAAAACAAAUCGUUUUAAUUCAGGAAGGGUGCGUUGUUCAUUGUUAUAUCCCAAUAUUCAGCGACAAUGAUGUCCGUAGUAUCUUUACAAAUUGACAAUGCUUGUUCACUUAUUUAUAUAUCUCAACAUUAUUGCAUUCGCUGAAGAGAGAUUAAAGUCUUGUAUGUAAUUAGAUAAUCGAUUUAGUAAAUUAGAUCGAAA